UAUUACAAAAUUACCUUGAAAAGAUCAACAAUUGGUCUUUCAAAAGAUGUUCGUGAUGCCACAAAGACACUUGGAUUAUUUCGUCUUCACCAAACUUCAUAUAAACCUGUCAACUCAUGCAAUGCAGGUCUCAUUCUCAAGUUGAAAGAAAUUGUCAAAGUUGAGUUGAUUGAUCAU